UUUUUUUUUACCCUAAUGCUUUUUGAGUGUACUCUGAGCUUGUCUCCUUUCCUUCCCUCCCCCAAACCACAAUAUCAGUCUGAAAAUGUCCUGAUAAGGCAACUUAAUAUGAAUGUCUCAAAAUUCAGUUGAUUCAGCUGCAUUUGGGAGCUACGUGAUGUACUUGGAAGUGUUCUUGUUCCUCUAUUCUGGUGAGCACAGAAGGGUCCUUGCCAUGGGGUUCCUUGCUCCAGCCUUGUCAGUCUCAGCUGAAUCUUUGCAUUUUCAGAGGUGAACACCCAUGUCAAGGAGUUGUUAUUCUUCCACUUCAGGCCACGGGGCAACACUUUCACUGUUUUGAAUAAAUGGGAACAGGCUGAGCAGCAGAAAUCUGCUCCUCCCUUGCAUGGCGUGCUAAAGGCACCUGCAGGACCAAGUUUGCUCUGGUUUCCAUGAAGACCUGUGGGGAUUACCACCAAGUUACCUGGAAGCCCGGUGUCAUUUCUCUCCUUGUUUUUAAGCUGCUUUCCAAACAAACAAACAAACCAAAAAAAAAAAAAAAAACAAAAAAAAAACAGAAAGCCAGGUGACAUCCUUGUUUUUGUUGGCAGCUGCUUGCGUCUCCUGCAAUGGAAAGGCAUGACACCUUCUCUUCUUUUGGCCACUGUAUUUACUUGGCAGGAUCUGAGACAAGGUAUGGCUUACACAUGGGGAACCACUGGCAUCCAGCUCUCACACAGAUGGUGUGAGAUGCUUUGGGGCUGAUACUGAUGCUUCACGUCUGCCAUAACUACUAAAGUCAACUGUAAAGCAAGAGAACCAAGUUACUGUUCUCAGCAAAUUUGUAAACAAAGUGAACACUGAGCCCCUUGAACAUUACUGGUGAGGCCACUUCCUAGAAUAAGCAAGUGCUUUGACACAAAUGGCUGCCACAGUUUUGUGAGGGCAUAUUAAAAGACUGUUAGAUAACAUGUACCUUUGCUUACAACUCUGGGCCUUCACCCUGACCUGGAACUGUGGCAACAACCAACCAUGGGAGGGACAGGGAUGAGGCUGUGAAACACCAAGGUGAUAAAUUCAGAGCAAGAAAAAAAAUCUCCUUUGUAUUUAAUUAAUAAAUCUGUUCCUUUGUGUGAAUUUUGACUACAAGGAAAAAAAAUUUCACACUAAAAAGACUAAAUAUAGCCCAACAAGGUGUCCACCUGCAGCAGUUCAACAGGCUUUUCUCUUUUACACUUUUCUGUGGUCUAGUGUAGUAUAAAUAAAUGCCAUUGUUAUGUACCCAUGCAAUAGAUGAGGAACAUGGGACACUGCUCCUGAGCAUGCACGUAGCAUGCGUGUGUGAGUGCAGCAAAUGCCAGUGCUCCAGAGAGGGAGGUCUGGCCUAGCCGGGGGGGGAGGCAUGGCUUUCUCAGCUUGUUGGGCUUGCUCAGCACAGGCUGGAAGGAUAGCCAGGUUUCAAGGUACUGCUGCAAGUUACAUUUCCAAUAAUUUCAUUACAUCUACCCUUCAGAUUUUAUGGAGCCAUUUGCUCAUUUUAGGCAAACGGAAAGAAUUCCAAUUUGCUGCUAGUUCUGUCCCAGAAGAAGAAAUAAGGCAAAACUGGGAGAGGCAUGGCUAGGAUUAUCCUUUGUUACAUGAGAAGAUCGUUUGUACUUCCAACUUGCUAGAGACUGUUAUAGCUUACUGUGAAGGUAGAAAUCUUUCCAGUGAUUUAACAAGGAUUAUUUAAUCACCCACUUAAAUGCAGUUGUUCUGGCUGUAUUCUGACAGUCCAUGUGAAAUAUGCAGUAUGAGGAGGAAAAACAAAACAAACAAACAAACAAAACAACAACAAAAACAGGACUGAACGAUUUUGUGUUGCAUUUCCAAAACACUUCUGAGAAGUGAAGUGAAUUUGGUUACUGUUUUGCUCAUGCUAUGGCUCCACAGGGCAAAAUCUUACCCAGAAGAGAAGUUUUGCAACACUGAAAAGAGAAUCCUGUCCCUCCAAAGGACAAAGAACAGCUUUACCUGAGUGAUUUAUAUGGUUCCCUUAAGCAGUGGUGAGCUGUGCUGAAACUGUUUGUGUCCCACGCCAGUGGCUUCAGCAGGUCAGCUUGCUGGCAGGAAACCGACUGAUUCAGUGGCUGUGGGCUGGGUUUGGCCCUGUCAGUGCUUGAGCUGAAUGGAUAGGGAAUGAGAUUUUUAAAAGCUGAGCUCUGAUCAGUAACCAACAGAGAUGAUUGUCAGAGAAAGGUGAUGGACUGUUUGCAGAUUUUGAAAAUUUCUAUCAGUGGUAUGGCCAACCCUGUCCCUGACUUGGGCUGCUCCUGCAGUUGUGGAUAAUAUCCAUAUAAAAUGUUAUCUUGCCAUGUGCAGCUUCUGUUUUCCAUGGUGUUGGUGUAUGUUCAGUUUUAACAUGAUAGUGCACUAGUGUUGCCUGCCAACAUCCAGAAGUAAAUGAGGAUUGAUACUGCUCCAGUUACUCAAAACCUUCGUGUUUCUAGCAACUGAACUUGUGACCUCCAGCAGGCUGGCACUGACAUACACAUCAGGAACUUCAGUGUGUUGAAUGGGCACAUAAAUAUAUUCUGGAUCCACUGGUGAUGUAUCUUUCAACCACAGAGCUACUGAACAGCAUUGUCAUAAAGCCUUGUUCCUGCUUUGCUUUUUAACCAUUCCUGACAGAUGGAUUUUAACAUCCUGAUCUCUCCUCAAAGAGAUGGAGUAAAUAAGUGAUUCACUUUAAAUAUUGAAAAAGUACAGUUACCCUUGUCAAGAAGAAUAAAAUAGCUUUGUAACUUGUAAGAAGCUCACAACCUGCUUGCCACAGAUCUUAGCUCUGCAGACAUUGUGUGUAGGAUGACAGGCAGGCAAGCCGUGCUCACCAGGGGAUCAGAUUUGCUCAGGGUUCAUCAAGGCAGGAUACUGCACGCUAACUAAAGCCCAAGAUCUACAGGUCCACUCUGAUGGGGAGCAGACACAUGGGGCUGAUCCUGGGACUAAAACUGCUUGCAUGGGGAAACACACAGGGAGCUCCAUGGUCACCAUGUGAACUUGCACUGUGAGCCGAAGGCACACAGUGGAGGUUUGCAGUUGUUGGUGCCUGGAGGAGGCAAGUGCUUUCCAAACCAGUCUUACAUGAGUGACGCUGACCACCACAGAAUGAAUUUUGAUGCUGUCAUCAUCACUUGACAGUCAUUUUCAAGUAAGAGCUCAUGUCUCUGUAAGUGUGCUUUGUGAGAUCUUUUUGCAGCCUGUGGGUGUGGAGCCCCACAGCUGCGAGCGAGGCUCAGUCCCUUGCCACAGUGAACAGUGGGACGGGCUUGACAGCUGAUACCAAAUUCUUCCUUUCUCGGUCCCUUUUGUUUGCCGUCACUGUUAAACAUUAACUAAGUUCAGCACCUUACUUUUGUUCCAGCCUACUGCACAAAUGACCAGUGCUGAGGAGACACGUGGCUCUCUUCCACUUGCAGGGUCACCUCUGCUGCAUGGGAACCUGUACCUGGUGAUGUUAAAUCUGUGCUUCUUAUAAUUGCUUAUUGGUGGACAAGGUCCAAGUGGCUUUUAUUUACUCUUCCCUGUCAAAUCUGUGGUGUAUGAAUAUUAAUGCCUUUCACUGAAAUGCUGAGAACUUAGCUGUUUUCUAGGUUAUGAUGUGCAGAGCUCCUUAACUGGGCACAGGUGACGUUGUUAGGAAGCAAGUAUGUAGCUGCACUGAGCAGAGGCUAAGCUGGCAAUGUGGAAACUGUGGGUGCCUCCUACCUGCAGUUACUGAAGAAAAGAAAGAGUAGAGAAAGCAUCAGAAAGAGUCUGCAAAAAGUUCUCAGGGGCAGUUUUGUGGCAGCCACCAGCUGCUCUUGACUCCUUGGUUCAGGAGCAGUGUUUGAGUGAAGCCUGUUGCUUUCUAGAUGCGUUUGUGCUUAGCCAGUUAGCAUUAUGUGUGCUGCCCAUCUGUAUAUUUUGCUGGGUUAAAGCUCCUUCUGAAAAAGGCUGCAAAGAAAUGUAUUUGAUUAACUUAGUUUGCAAUGUUCAUGAGAUUUAUAUAUAUGAGAUAAAGUUUUAAUGUGUUCUCUGUUUUGCAGAUCUAACUCCCCCUUUCUGUCUUCCUCGUGGAGCAGAAGACUACUGUUAUAGGCUCCACUUGCUUCUUGUUUUCCUAACCACACCAUUAAUGGCGUUGCUACAGCUGCAGUCAUUCUAGUCUGCCAUUUCCUUUGCUACCUGGUAAAACUUGCUGCACUGAAAAAGUAAUACCUCCAAUGUUAGUGGUGAGAGGAGUGUUUUGUGCUUGUUACAUUGCCUGCAAGUGUCAGAAUCUCUGCUAUGAGAAAUACCCUGUUAUAGUCAACUUACUUUAAAUCAAGCUUUAGUAUGGCAACAUAUUAAAGAAAAUUUCCAUUUCUUGCACCAAAUGCUCAUACACACAAUUUAAACUUCAAUCUUGGUCCACGGUUCUUCCAGUAAAUACCUGGGCACACCCCAUCUUAUAAAGUACUAAUGGAUUACAGCUGGAAUAGCAGAUUAAAAGGAAGUUAGAACACCUGCCUCUGAUCACCAUAAAAACAUCAGCAAAACCUUUUCCUCACAUUACUGAUGGUUUGCUAACUGCAUGGAAAGGAUCUGUAACAGGUAUUAAUUAGAGUGGAAUGUUUGCUAAUUGCUUGUGCUUUAAAAUAAAUACUAAUAUAUCCGAGGAAGUGAAAGAAAAGCCAUGGCAGUUAAUUUCAAUGGAUCCUGUUAGUUUAGUGGGGAAUCUGAUCUUAACCAGUGUUUGAGAUUGUUUAGUAACAGAUUUAUAAUUUACAUGAAAAUGAGCUAUAUGGAACGGACAUGUUGGAUUCCAUGAAUUUCCAACAACUAAAGGAAGUAGAACUUGAAGAAAUUCUGCACAAAGGACUUGAUCCCAAUCAAUGAAGUAACUUAUGAAGAUGAAUGCCUUUCUGCAAAGACAACUCAGACUUAGCUCUGCUGGACAGUUAUACAAUACUCCCAAGCUGCAGCCAGAUGCAGGGAGUGCUUCCUGUGAGUUACUGUGCUGAAACUUUCGGUGUUGAAAUUUGCUCCUAGAAGAUGCUGAUGUUAGGCCAGAAGGAGGUGAGCAAAAAAGCCUUCUGGUACAGCAGGCUGCGGAAGGAGCGAGCAAGCAGUUGGCCAUUGCUUGCCGACUCAAGUGGCCAGCCCAGCUGAUGUGGCCUGGCAGGGACACUUAUGCUGCUUGGCACAGACAAGAGAGGACGGGAAACAAGCACCAGCGCUUGUCCAGAAGCAUUCAAGAUGGCCAGCCCAUGGACCAAGGAAGUCUCCAUCCCGCUGCUGUGUUCUCCUUUACAGCAUCAUUCUGCUCUUCCAUAGAGAGACAGUGCUUCCUCCGCCUGAAAAACAAAUGGACGCUGCAUCUUCCAGGAAAUGCAAGGGCCAUGAACUCCAGUCCUGCUGCCCGCGGCACCUGCACCCAGGGGAACCACCGUGCUUUUGGCACUGCGAGCCUGCUGCUUGUGCUGAUGGAGAGGCACACGGCAACACGCCAACUGCGCUGCCUGGAAGGGUAACGCAGGGAAAGAUCUCGCCCGCUGCAAGAACCUAUUUAGCUGGGGCACGGUGCAGCCUCUACUGCAGUCAGCAGAAGUCGUUCGUGCGUGGGCCGGGUGGCUGGGGGAGAGCUGAGAGGGGCCUCGGCUCAGACGGGCCCCGUGGCGCUGAGCCCCAGCUCCCAAGCGGAGCCCUGCGAGCGCUGCGGCCCCCGCCUCUUGUCGGCACCACCGAGCCGCCCGCGGCAGCCGCCCUCCCCCUCGCCGCAGCAGAACGCGGAGCGGGACGAGGCCCGGGGGAACCCGUCCCGAGCACGCACCCCGGCGCCCGGCUCCGCGGGGCCGCUGCGGGCGGGGGGCGCCGGGGCCCGGCAGCCGCGGUGCUGCUCCCCCCCCCCUCCCCCGACGGCCGGGGCUGCGCGCGGGGCGGGCGGGCGGCAGGGGGCGCUGUGCCCGUUCGGAACGGCCGCUCCGACGGCGCGCACGCAGGCGCAGAGGGAGGCGCGGCGGCGGCGGGCGGCAGCGCGGAGCCCCGGGAGCGCGGGGCCGGGCCGAGGCGCUGGGGGGGUUGGGGGCGGAGGGGGGGGGCGCGGGGCCGCAGCGCUGCCGGGAGGCGCGGCCGCGGGCCCGAACCGGCGGCUGCGGGGACACGGGCCCGGGGGAACGGCGGCUCCCCUUUGUCACCGCCUUCCCGCUGCGGACGGGAGUCGCUUUCUGCUCCUUUGUGCCGCCCUCAGGCUGCGCGGCUCCUGCUUCUUGCCCUGGACCCAGCCCGGCCCCGCAGCCCCCCUCUCCCUUGUCACUUUGCUAAGUAAUAAUUUCCACGUCCAAUUCCAUUUCUCUUCUAGUUCUGAAAUCUCCAAGCCAUCAGCAAGGAGGAUAGUUCACAUGAAAACUAAUUACACAAAAUCAAUAUUUAAUCACAGCGCAGCAUCCUGAUCCUGCAGGAAAAAAAAAAAAAAAAGAAAAAAAAACCUUCAAACUCUCCUGCCACAUACAAAUACUUCUCGGCCGCACACUUACAGAUCUCUCUUUAUAUUUAUUUAUUA